UUCAUUUGUUUAUAUCCUUCCUCUUAUACUUGCGACAACAGCUUCGACUCAGAGGCACCGUCUCUUCCCUUCUCUGUCUCUGAUCAAAUGCUUGUCCCUCAAAACAUUCAUCAACAGUAAGAGAACAAAUAACACCUUCUUCUUCAUCUUCUCGUACAAUGAAGAACAAGAAGAGAGAUAACAGCCACAGCUUCACAGCUGGCGUCUAUCGGAUUUUCCUCGUCAUGCUGCGGCGCCACCACUUGUUUCAUCUCCUCUACGCCUUUUCAUGUUGCCUCAUCCUCCUCUUCGUUGCUUUCUCACUCUUCUUCUCCCCUCCUCCUGUCGCCAACCACCACCAUUCAAUGUCUAAAAAUUCAGUCAUAGACACAGUAAACUCGACUUCGGAUACGAAGACGGCGUUUCGUGUUGCGGAAAAUGAAGAGAGCAUAGGGCAUGAUUUCUGGAGCUCGAGAUUAUCGAAGUUCUACUAUGGUUGCAGUAACGCCAGCGGCAGCUUUCAAACUGCUGACGUAAAAACGAAUCACAAUCGGUACUUGUUGAUUGCUACCAGUGGAGGUUUAAAUCAACAGAGAACAGGGAUAACAGAUGCUGUUGUUGCAGCUUAUAUUUUGAAUGCUACUCUUGUUGUUCCAAAGCUGGAUGAGAAAUCGUUCUGGAAAGAUACUAGUAAUUUCUCUGAAAUCUUUGAUGUUGACUGGUUCAUUUCAUUCCUCUCAAAAGAUGUUAAAAUCAUUAAACAGCUCCCAAUGAAGUUAGGGAAAGUUGUGACUCCUUAUUACAUGCGCGUUCCAAGGAAGUGCACUCCAAAAUGCUAUGAGAAUCGUGUUUUACCUAUUUUUAAUAAGAAACAUGCUAUUCAGCUUGGGAAAUUUGAUUACAGGCUAUCAAAUAGGCUUGAUAUGGAUUUACAAAAGCUGAGGUGCAGAGUCAACUACCAUGCUUUAAAAUUUACUGAUUCUAUUCUUGAAAUGGGUAAAAAGUUGGUUGAGAGAAUGAGAAUGAAAUGCAAUCACUUUAUUGCCUUGCACUUGAGGUUUGAAGCUGAUAUGCUUGCUUUCUCUGGAUGUUAUUAUGGUGGUGGAGAAAAAGAAAAGAUAGAACUUGGUGCAAUUCGGAAGAGGUGGUUAAGUUUACAUCAAAAGAACCCUGAGAAAGUGCAGAGGCAAGGAAGAUGCCCGUUAACACCAGAGGAAGUUGGUCUUAUGCUGCGAGCAUUGGGUUUCGGAAGCGACAUUCACAUAUAUGUGGCAUCAGGUGAAGUAUAUGGUGGUGAAGAGACUUUAAUACCCCUCAAGGCUCUGUUUCCCAAUUUUCAUUCAAAAGAAACUUUAGCUAGCAAGGAAGAGUUGGCACCAUUUUCUUUAUUUUCUUCUCGCAUGGCUGCACUAGACUUCAUUGUUUGUGAUGAAAGUGAUGUAUUUGUCACCAACAACAAUGGCAACAUGGCUAGAAUGUUAGCUGGACGAAGGAGAUAUUUUGGACACAAGCCAACAAUUAAGCCAAAUGCUAAAAAACUUUACAGAUUGUUCUUGAACCGACAUAACAUGACAUGGGAAGAGUUUGCCUCCAAGGUUCGUACUCAUCAAAUUGGCUUCAUGGGAGGGCCAAAUGAGGUGAAACCUGGCAGGGGUGAGUUUCAUGAAAACCCAUCAUCCUGCAUAUGCGAGGAUUCUGAAGCAAAGGCUGGGGAAUAUCCAACUCCUCAUAGUUACAUGCAUGAGGGCCAGGGAGAGAAUAACAAAAAGAAUGUUGCUAGCUAUGUUUCUGAUGAGCUCUUAACUGUGGACGACCACGACCAGGAUUGGUCAGAUAUGGAUUAUGUGAACGGAAUUGGUGCUCAAAGAAAGGAAGGCUUGUAUAAAAAUACCUUGAUUGGGACAGAUCAACCAGAAUUGGAGGUGUUAUUCGCUGACUGAGAAUUGCGACUGCUUUUUCAUUUAUAGGAGCUGGUGUUCUCGGCCUAACCAAAUUUUCAUCAGAUUCUUUGGACCUUGAUUUCGCCUCUUUCAUAUUUGCUUCGAAUGUUAGCAUUUUAUCUUGCACGGAAGUGAAAAGCAGCACUUUUAUUUUUUAUUUUUUUGGUAUAUAGAAAACGCAUUGUAUACAGAGGACUAGGCAACUAAGCCUGUUUCAGUUUCCAAUAUUUCUGUAAAUGAGGGACUGGCUGCUGCAUGAGUUCUUAAAGCCAUUAAAAUUUGUAGCUGAAUAAUUUUCUUUGUUUCAAGAUGGGAGAACAGGAGCAUAAAAACUUGGAGAAGGCAUUGCAGUGUUUUUGUUUUGUUUCCAUUUUCAUUUGCGUUCCCCUUUGCUAGAAAAGAAUUAGCCCCAUAACAUUGUAGGAAGCUUGUACAUUGUAUAUAGCAUUUGAAGGCGAAGUAAUAUUAUAAAGCAAUUUUCUUUUGCUGCA